GUUGAAACCACCAACCAGUAAUGAGUAUGCCCAUUAUGUUGAGCGCCAGGGUUCCAUGGUAUGUGGUUCGCCCCAGAAAUCUCUACAGGCGCUGGUGGCACAGGGCAGUGCUGCUACUUUUCAGCUGGUGUCUUGCCAUGGCCGUCAUGGCGGAUGAGAAAGCCAAGACUAUCGCGGAUGUGGCCAAAGAAUGGGAUGACAUGGCUGACGGCUGGACAAGUGGAGAGAUGGGCACCUGCGUGCUCGAGUUCAACGUCUUGGUGGAAGAGCUGGUCCGGUCCAAGGUGCCGGAACUGGCUGGAAAGGACAUCUUGGAGUUUGGUGCCGGUCACGGCGUGCUGGGCCUAGCUCUGGCCGAGAGCGGAGCCAAUGUGACCCUGGUGGAUGUCGCGCCGAAGAUGGUGGCGCAGGCCAAGGAGAAGAUCGCAGCGAAGGAGAUGGAAAAAUCUGUCAAGGCCUACUGCUGUGACAUUCUGGUGGACUGCCCCCUGCCACCCAGCACUUUGGAUCUCAUCAUCAGUGGCUCUGUGCUGACCUUCACACCUGACCUGCCCAAGACCUUGGACAAGCUUUCGAGCCUCACCCGCCCUGGCGGUCUCCAUCUGCAUCUCGUCUUCAAAGCCGCCGAGGACGCGGCGCCGCGACCACGGGGCCGCAGCACGGAAUUGGGCUACGAGGACGGCAUGUCGCCAGCCCAACUGGACGACGAACUCGCCGCCGCGGGGCUGACAGUGCUGGAGCGCGGGGACUUGUCUCCACCAUCAAUGGAUUCUGGGAUUGAGAGGUGA